GCACAAGUUGUAACUCUGAGACACGAGUUGGACUCCAAUCAUACAGGAAGACGCACGGAUACAAAACCACGUGACUGGACUGGUCCUUCCACCUAAGUUGGCCAAACAAAGCGCAUUGAGAUUCGGCAGCAAACGCCCUCCGCAUCCGUCAGCAAGAACGCCUGUAGACAAGGCAACAACUUUCCACGGCGAGUUCCAUCAGCGACACCUGUCUUGCCGUGCUGUUUGCAGACCAGUAGGUGGACAGCUUGUGCGCCUGGAACAUCGCAGAUCCGAAGUAUUCGUCAUCCCUUCUUCCGCCGUGACGGGUCACAAGAACAGGCCCGUGAAAUCGAAAGGCCGAGCAACGAGUAGACAACAAGCACUGUCGGCAUUGUCAGAAUCUUUACUGCUGCCAAUAUGGCUUCAGCUCAACAGCAGUGGGGAAUAACCCCCCCGGUGUCAAUGGACUUGCCCACUGAACACGAACUGAAGCUCGACGAACAGAUGAGGGAGGAGUUGAAAAGACAGAACAACUUCGAGACAGCAGAUGGCCUGGACAAGCGCAAGCGCGUUCUAGCUCAUUUCGAUGAGAUCGCAAAGAUGUUUGUCAAGAAGAUUGCCAAGGACAAGAACUACCCUCAGUCCGUCCAGGACAACUCCGGCGGACUCGUCACUACGUACGGGAGCUAUCGACUCGGCGUUAUCAAUCCAGGCUCUGACAUUGAUACUCUUCUCGUUGCACCAAAGCACGUUGACCGCGAGGACUUCCUGGCUCAGUUUCCCACCAUCUUGAAGAACAAUUCGCCAAAAGGGAUGGUGCAAGAAUGUGUCGUAGUUAGCGAAGCAUUUGUGCCCAUCAUAAAGAUUGUAUACGACGGCAUCGACGUGGAUCUCAUCUUUGUAGCUUUAAAGCAAUCCUCGGUGCCUGACGGCAUCGAUCUCAAGGACAACAAUUUGCUUCGCGGCCUCGACGACACUGAUCUGCGCAGCAUUAACGGAGUGCGGGUCACAGAUGAGAUCCUCUCCGUUAUACCGCAGCAGAAAGCUUUCAAGACGGCGUUGAGGGCCAUCAAGCUGUGGGCACAGCGGCACGCUGUGUACUCAAACAUAAGCGGCUUCCCUGGCGGCGUUGCUUGGGCCAUGAUGGUAGCACGCGUCUGUCAGCUGUAUCCUAUGGCAUGUGGCUCUGUCAUAGUUGGUAAAGUGCUCGAUCUGAUUGCUCGGUGGAAUUGGCCGCGACCAAUCCAGCUGAAGCAGUAUGCAAAGGGCCCUCUUGAGGUCAGAGAAUGGAACCCAGCCCUAUAUCCCGGCGAUCGUCGCCACAUCAUGCCCGUUAUUACGCCUGCAUACCCCUCCAUGUGCGCGACGAACAACAUCACGCCCUCCACCAAAGAAGUCAUCAUACGGGAACUGAAAGCUGGAGGCGCUAUAUACAAUGACAUAUACCAUGGAAAGAAGACCUGGAAGGCUCUAUUUGAAAAGCAUACCUUCUUCACGUCAAGCUACAAGUACUAUCUGAGCGUCAUUGCUAUGAGCCGUUGUGAGCCGGCACAUCAAGUCUGGUCUGGCCUUGUUCACUCGAAAGUGCGGCGCUUAGUUAUGGCAAUCGAGAACGCAGACAGCGGUGUGAAUAUCGCGCAUCCAUUUCCCGACGGCUUCGAUCGCGUGCACAAGUGCAGGACUGAAGAGGAGGUUGAUUCGAUUCUCCAUGGAGACAUGAGGUUUCUUACGAAGCUUACAGAUGAGGAGAUUAAGGCAAGAAAUGCCGCAGCGGAGGCGCUUAGCAAGAACAACAAGGAUCCGAAAACCGUUCCAGAGGUGCAAGGUGACAUUAGGACCAUAUAUACGACCACGUUUUAUAUUGGUCUAGAGCUCUCAAAUACAGGUAACAAAAAACUAGACAUCUCCUGGCCGGUCGCCGAGUUCAAAACAAUCUGUCUUGACUGGGAGGAGUUGGUGAAAGAAACCAUGUCCGUCUGCACAGUACAUACACGCAACUACGAUCUACCGGCCGACGUUUUCAGCGAAGGAGAAAAAAGGCCAGAGAAGCCCAAAAAGAAGAAGGGGACGAAAGGUGCCGCGACUAACGGUUCGAAGACACCGACACCGAAUGAUGUCACGAAGAAGCGAGCGCUCGAUGCGGAGGUGCGUUCACGAACAACAGCAGCAGCACUCGAUAUGCGAUGUCAUUACAAGGACCUUCCGCCUACAAACGAAUGGCUACCAAGUACGGCGGUGCUAUCUACAGGAAGGGCACAGUAGACUCGCGAAGCUUGCUGAUAAAUUUUCGUCGUUCUUGCUAACAGAAUCUAUAGGGAUCAGAAAUGAGCGGCGCAAAACGAGUCAGCUCAGUCGCACCUACAGUAGCUGGAUGAGCGUGAAUCUACCUAAAGGUCUUGUUAAUCGAGCUUUCCUUGACGUGCUAUACAUGCCUCCUCUCCCCUCACCUUCGUAUUUGCCCACCCUGCUUGGAGCUGAAGUUCUUACCUCUGUGCAGGUAGCUUACAGAUGUCAACGACUCGAACAUAGAGGGAGGCAGACAAGACCAUGAACAUCACCAAAGAAGAAGAAGAAGAAGAAGAAGAACAAGAUCGGAUUCUUCGAACCGGCUUUACGCCUAUAACGUGGUUUAUUUCGAAAACUGACGUGGCUGAGGCUUGACGUAUUCAAUUCGCUCAAGUCUGUAGUCUGGUCUGGGCGUCGCAAGUCAUGAUGCUGUACAUUCCCUACAGGAACGAUAGCUCCGCUGUGGCUGAACAAAUGACGAAAAGACGACAACGGUUCUGACGGUAACGACAAUGCAGCAGUAAAACCACCAUCUGCCUACAGUCGACGACUUGGGAGUUGCAGAGUAUGCAACCCUCUCCCCCGUCUUUCACCUGUCCUUCGUACGCUGCGUGCUUGACGUGGUGGAGGCGGAGAGCACAAUUUCAAGGUCCGAAAUGACUGUCCUGCGAGAACACAGGCGGGACACUGUAGAAUAGCUAAAUGAGCCGUCGAAGCCCACUCAAAUAGAAACAAAAUAGAUGAUUGUCAGGAUCUACAGAUCCCAGAAA